GUCAAUGCACGUCAACCAGAGAACAUGAUGCCUCCUGCAAGUCAACUCGUGUACUCUCGCAAACACAGCUGAAAUAUUAGAGCUCUAUUGUAUUGGAGGAGGUGGCGUGACACAUCGCCGCGCUCCGAAAACGCUCUCCUGCUUCUCCUGGUAAGACUGGAGCGGACCGUCAGCGAGCACCCUGGCCGGCACACUGGCAUUUCUACACGUUUUAGCUUCUGCCGACCUCGUUAUCUUGAGGCUCAAGUGGCAGGUCUCUAUCUUCUCACCCCAAACCCUAGUGUUUCACUAACAGCAUGGUCAUGGCUGACUGUCACCAAAAGCCAGUGCUCAGGGGUCCCGUCCGUGUGGGCUUCUACGACAUCGAGCGGACUCUUGGAAAGGGCAAUUUCGCGGUUGUAAAACUGGCAAGACAUCGUAUAACCAAGACUGAGGUGGCUAUAAAGAUCAUCGACAAGACCCAGCUGGAUGCUGUAAACCUGGAGAAGAUCUAUCGCGAAGUACAGAUCAUGAAAAUGCUGGACCAUCCGCACAUCAUUAAACUGUACCAGGUCAUGGAGACCAAGAACAUGCUGUACCUUGUGACCGAAUACGCCAAGAAUGGGGAAAUUUUUGACUAUCUGGCCAAGCAUGGACGGCUGAGCGAACCAGAGGCACGACGCAAGUUCUGGCAAAUUCUGUCUGCUGUUGAGUACUGCCACAAUCGAAACAUCGUUCACCGGGACUUAAAGGCGGAGAAUCUGCUGCUAGAUGGACACAUGAACAUCAAGAUUGCUGAUUUUGGCUUUGGAAAUUUCUUCCAGCCGGGAAAGCCCCUAGCCACAUGGUGCGGGAGUCCUCCAUAUGCGGCCCCGGAGGUGUUUGAGGGACAGCAAUACGAAGGACCCCAGCUGGACAUCUGGAGUAUGGGGGUGGUUCUGUACGUGCUGGUGUGUGGCGCCCUGCCCUUCGAUGGCCCCUCUCUCCCCGUCCUGCGGCAGCGUGUUCUGGAGGGCCGUUUCCGUAUCCCUUACUUCAUGACAGAAGACUGUGAGCAUCUGAUCAGGCGAAUGUUGGUGUUAGACCCCUCUAAGCGUCUGUCUAUAGGACAAAUAAAGGAGCACAAGUGGAUGGUGAUGGAGGUGCCUGUGCAGCGGCCGAUGUUAUAUCAGCAGACUGCGGAGGGGGAGGCUGGUGUGGGAGAAUACAGUGAACAGGUGCUGCGGUUGAUGCACAGCUUGGGCAUCGACCAGCACAAGACCGUAGAGUCUCUUCAGAAUAAGAGUUACAAUCAUUUUGCUGCUAUCUACUACUUGCUGGUUGAGAGGCUAAAGGCCCACCGCUGCAGCUUCCCAGUGGAGCCCCGACUCGAUGCCCGCCAGAGACGUCCCAGUACGAUUGCAGAGCAGACUGUUGUCAAGGCGAGCAGCGCUGCUCCUCAGGUGAGCCUCCUGCCUCAGAACGUACGCCUCCUGCGAUCCCCAGCUGUGCCUCAAGCCUCGGCGGACACCUUCACGUUCCCACAGUCCUCCUGCGCUACCGAACACAGCCUCAUGGAGGAGGAGGUUGGGACUCCCAAAGUCAACGGCUGCAUGCUGGACCCCCUGCCCCCUGUGGCUGUUCGCAAAUCCAGCGCCUCGUCCCCCAGCAACAUGAUGGAGACAUCUAUAGACGAGGGCAUUGAGACGGAGGAGCUAGACACCGAAGAUGAUCAUGUCCAUGUCUUUAAUGCCUAUCAAACGGCCCGCUUUGGUCAGCGCAGACACACGUUGUCUGAGGUCACCAACCAGCCAGGAAUCAUGACCAGUGGAGGUAAACUGUUCAGCGUGGGUCAUAACCCCUCUCUGGGUAGCGUGGACUCUGAAUACGACAUGGGCUCCAUGCACAGUGACCUCAGUCUACUGGAGGACGCACCCUCUCUUAACGAGGUGGUCCUGGCUAACACACCCGUCACCCGCAUGACUCCGCCUUUCAUCAGCGCUCGGCCCGCUAACCCCGCCAUGCAAGCGCUGAGCACCCAGAGGAGAGAGACACACAACCGCUCUCCCAUCAGCUUCCGCGAGGGCCGCAGAGCAUCAGACACCUCACUCACACAAGGCUUGGUGGCCUUUCGACAGCACCUACAGAAUCUGGCACGGACCAAAGGUAUCCUGGAGCUAAAUAAGGUGUAUGAGCAGAUGGGCUCUGGAGAAACCCCUUCCCUGGGGCUGCUGAGCCCUCAGGCCCAUCCACAUGACUUAUUGGAUCCUGCACUACAGGAGGAAAGAGGUCACCAGCACGACAUGGCUCUGUGCUCAGGUGGAACACACCCUGCACUGUUGUCAAGGAGACAGAGUCUGGAGCCGCAGUACCUCUCUCACAGAAUACAGAAAGCUACGCUGAUGGCCAACAGCCCCAGCAGCUGCCAGAUGUUCUGCAAAGAAACUCCUCGCAGCCUGGAGCAGCAGCUGCAGGAACACAGGCUGCAACAGAAACGUCUGUAUCUUCAGAAACAAUCCCAAAUGCAGGCCUACUUCAACCAGAUGCACAUUGUGGAGGACCCUUACGCUCCCUGUGCAACCAUGGCCCACCAGGACUCACCUCAGCCACAGGGUUCGAUAGCACCAGCACCUCAACACCCGCAGAGCCCCCAAGCCUCAGCUCAGUUUGCACACACACAGCCGCUUGGGCCCCUAAUGGAGCCCAAUCCAGAAUCUCUGACGUAUGAACCCUACCUGUGCAAUUAUGCUCAAAUGCAGCCUCUGCCGCAAAGCUUCACCGCUCAGCUGCAACCCCACCAGCCCGAACCCCUCAACUACGCCUACCCAGCCUGCGACCCAAGCCACUCGGCCUCAGGAGAAGUACUGUACCCGGAGCAAUACGACUAUCCGCUUGAUCCCGGGCAGCCGCCUCCAUCCGCAGAGGCCGGCGCGGCUGGGUACGAAGGGCUGGCGUUGGCCGACCCGUUUCUGGACAGCGAAAUGAUGGAGACGGUGGACUCCCAGCACGGUUUCGUGCUGGUGAAUUAAACCGAGACUCGAAUAACCAGUAUUACCUUGAUUUCUGACUCACUACGGAUGAAUUGACGGAUGAGAUGACGUCACAGGGAUGGAUCGAGUUUUGUACGAGCUGUAAUCUUUAUACUUCACGAAACUCCUCCCUACCUCCCUCCUCGUUCUCCAGUGGUCCCACCUGCUGCUCUCUCACAAUAGAGUGCCGGAUGGCGUGGCGUUCGGGCCAGCCGCAUCAGAGGCUCACCUCCUCUCGCCUCCGAAACCGACUGCAGGAUAGGAGCUGCUCGCUACGCGCCGUAUGUAGCACAAAGACAGCCUAGAUCUGCAAAACGGAGCUUGCUCGACAGCACAAUUAAAUACUGACACGUACUGAACAAAAUCACUCAAAGCGUCUGACUUUGAUUAUGAAAGACUAGUCAUGCGGACUCAAUAAGUGCAAUGUUAGUUAAAAACACAUGGCAAUAUCGAAGCAAUACUGAUUCAUCUGGAACUGAAAAAAUGAAGCCAUACGUCAGAACUGCACCACCCCAAACUGCUAUCACCAGAUGUUUCUCAACGGCCAAAACCACAGAUAUUUGUGGACGAAGCUGUGAUUUUGAUCUUUUUUCACUGGAUUCCCUCCUCACGCUCAUCCUAAACAUCCUUAAAAUAACAACCUGUUCUCCUUGAACCGCAACAGUGUUAUUUUGUUUGCUAAUAUCGCAGUUCCUCGGGAUUGGCGCACUGCGAAAGAUGAGUCAUGACUCUCUUUGCAUGGAGAUGAUUAAUUAGGAGUGGUUUAUAAGUCAGGUGACGUUCAAAUGAUUUAGAGAACUCUAUUAUUAUUUUGGUGGUAUUUACCCCUUCACACUAAAGAAUACAUCAGCAUUCAUGUUUAGUCACAAGACACUGGAUAGUUCGGCCAAUUCAUCAGUCUUUGUUAGCAGCACUUAGUAAAUCUGUUCUACUUGAAAAAACAAAAAACAAAAAAAAGACAAGUCUGUGACUAAACCCAGAUAUCAGAUACUCGACAGAGAACGAUCUUCACGCAAACUGAUCAUAACAGAACACGUAUUAAGGCAGAUCAUAUACUGGAGCACUUUGUCAAGGAAGCUAAAGGAAAUGUAGCUGAGGAGACAGCAGAUGGGUGAGGUGAACCUGUUCUGCUAGUUUCGUCAAAUAAGAGACACGAAAUUCAUCUCUUUCCAAUAACGUGCUCCCGCGAGCCAGCGCUCUCUCAAAGAAGGAUGCAGAGGGAGCGCGACUUGGCGAUUGUUUUGUGUAACGUAGGGGUUAGAAA